AAUUGAUUUUAAGCUUUUUCUUUGCAAUUUUGAUUGCGUCUCAACUCUGAGCAAGUCACGCACGCUCCCGCACAGUUCAAAACCUAUCGUCGAUGUGUCAUGUCAGCAAUCUCUUCGAAAGGUCCCCCAGGGAAUAAGAAGUUGUGGAGUGUAACUUGGCCCCAAGAACACAAAUCGGAUCCCCGUCGCGGUGGACAAAUACGGUUCUAGUGAGGAACGACAGUUUACCGGAAGAUAUUAGGACGGAGUCCAGUUUUCCCGGAAUCGGUGCUAGAGAGAAGGCACGGUGAAGGUUGUAAAUAAAUGGCAGCUGUUGCUGGCUGUCCGCGAAGAAUCUGCUCCGACGACUAGCGUUUCCGGAAGUGGUUGGGUGUUCGUGUGUUGUGAUCGAUUCCUUGUCGGUCUGUCUUGCCGCUUUCCGUGUCCUUUUUGGUUUCUAAUAUUAAGUAACAGUGAAGCAGACAGGAGGAGCAAAAUGCUCUAAGAUUCGUGCCUCGUCGUGCGUCCCCCCUAAAGAAGAUCUGUCCCCCCAUCCGUGUCCGUGUGUGUUCCGUGACGACCCACACUGCCCAACUAACAGAAACCAUGAGGAAGAUGGACAAUCGGCUCAAACUCGACUCGGAGGUGCGCGAGUUGAAGCUUGGGUCGACCUUCACCAACCCGAACCCCCGGACCGUGUUCCACACGCUCAAGUACGACUUCAAGCCGGCCAGCGUGGACACGAGCAAACCGGCCACGCUCGAGGUCGGCACGAACAAGCAGGUCACGGUGACGGUGCCACAUAACGAUAGUUCCGGUGUGCCCAAUACGGUGUUCAAGGGAAACCAGCGGGACUACACCCGGAAGGAGUGCGUGCUCAUCAUCGACCGGGUCACCGGGGAGAUUACGCUCGAAAAGCUCAACAGUAACGUGCAGGUGAAGAAGACGAGAACGGAGAACAAAGUUGUCCAGCCACCUCCGCCACCACCCCAGAUCAAGGUCUCUGAAAACUCGACCGCCCGGCUCAGCUCACGCACCAAAAUCACGACCGGCUCGCGCAAGAACAACCCCAUCAGCUUAGUGCCAAAACACUCGCCAUUGCAGAACUCCCCGUCGUACCCGAACAAGAGCCCGCUGUCCGCUCCGGUCUGGAACGCCAACAAUACUCAGCAGACCUUGCCCAGCAUUCCGCUGAUUGGGUUGGACGACGGUAAUGACUUCCUGCCGGUGCCCUCUUCGUCGGUUCCGGCGUCAUCCCAGCCUAUGCACCAGCAGCCGCAGUCGCAACACCAGCACCAACAACAGCAGCAGCAGCAAUCGCAACAUCAUGGUCACAACUCGUUGGGUCUUCCCAGCAUGAACAACAUUGGCGGCGGAGGCGGAAGUAGUCACCACAACAAUAGCCACAAUAGCCACAACAACAGCCACGGCGUCAACCAGCAGCAGCCAACGGGCAUGAACCAGCACCACCAGGCUCAACAGCAGCAGCAGCAGCACAAUCCGUACAGCAACAACAAUCACCACAACAGCAACAACAACAGUGAGUCCAACAACGUGGAGAUUGGGUUGCCGUCGCUGCUGGGACAGGCGUCACCGCCGAGGGAUACCGGAUUUUCGACGGGCCUGCUCAGCUCGUCCAGCUCGGACUCGAGCGGUUCCAGUGACAGCGACAGCGGCUCCGAGUCGGACAGCACGACCGAGGACAACAACGACUCGCCGGUGAAAGAAUCCAUUUUCGACAUAGGUCCCACGCGGUCGGAUCCGCUCAGCAACAGCCGGCCGCUGCCCACGCACAUCCUGUCGCAGGACCUGUGCCUGUCGGAGUCCAACUCCGACUCGGACUAGAGAGAGUGAGAAGGGCCCUCCCCCCUCAACUUCGCCUGAAGGAUGCUGCAACAUUCUCUCUGUCUCUCUCACACGAGAAAAAAGAAAGAAAAGAAAGGAGAAGAAUAAAAAACAACAAAACACACACACUUAUAUAUAGAUCAGAAAAAGGUCAAUCUGAAAAAUGAAAAACUAUUUUUGUAGGGAAAUUAUUUAUAUUGAGAUAAAAAUAUACCAAUGGCAAAGACGGAAGGAGAGAGGAGAGUGAGGAGAAGGUUGAUGAUAGCUAGAGAAGGACGGAGAGCAAGAAGGAAGAAGACAUACCUUAAACUGUGUCGGAGUGCUUUAUAGGAAAACAGGAAUCAAAUCGAAGGAAGGGGAAGUAGAAACGAGGCGCUGCCAAAUAAAACAAGAAAACAACCAGAGCGAAAGUAGUCGUAGAGUUUUCUUUUUAUUUUACUUUUUCUUUGCUUAUAUUUUUUUGUCUCAUUUUUUUCUGUUCUGGGAGAAGGACACAAACACUUUGUUCGUUUAUAUGUUAUUUUAUUGUAGUCGCUAUUUUUUUUAAAUAUUAUUAUUAUUGUUUACUUGUCUUUUAGGUAAAAUAAUAUAUUUUUGUCGAGUUAGGUUUUUUUUUCUGGUCGAAACCAUCUUCCGCGCUUUUUUUGUUUGUUUCACAAUAAUCGCUACAACUCCUCACCAAACAGAAACAGCUUGCGGGCGAAGGAAGAAAAUUUUGUUUUGUUGUGCUUUGUUGAGGCCGGAGCUCAAUUAUUGUUGAAGAAGUUAGUGAAAAACGCAAGACAAAAUCAAAAGAAGAAACAG